AAGAUUAUAAAAUCUUUUGGUCACCACUUAACGGUGGUACAUACGCUAAUUUCAAGCAAUGUGUCUUUUUAACUAAAAAAACACCUCCAACAGAAGUACAUCCGGCGAUUAUUAACUUACUUCAUAAUCAAGAACGUCCUACAGUUUUGUUAGAUGAUAAAAACUUGGAAGAAUUAGCAAGUCUUAAUCCUCAAAAGGCCGAUCCUCCAUUUAUUAGAAGCGUUUUGAAAAAUAAUGAAUUCUUAUUAAAUAUUCGAGAAGAAUAUCUUUUUGUCUUACUGAGAUAUAUCCUUGAGGAUAAAAAAUAUGAUGAUCUCGAAGAUAUUCCCUUGGUUCCACUAUUUAACAAUCAAUUCGGAAAAUUUGACAAAACUAAAACCUAUUACAUUGCUUCAAAAGAAGAAUAUAAAAUGUUUCAUAAAGCUGGACCACGUCAUUUUAUUCCGAAAGAAUUACUUAAAGCACAAAAAUUGUUACCAAGUUUUAGCGAUGAAGAUUUUCGUAAAACUACAAAUAUUAAAGAUUUUGGAGAGCCAACAAUUAAUAUUCUUUUAAAUCAAGAGUUAGAUAUUGCUUCGGACCGAGAAUGGAAUCCAACUGGCCCAUUAAUUCCAAAUCAGCAAUGGCUUGAUGAAAUAUGGAAACGUAUCAUUAACUCUCCCCUAGAACCUUAUAGUCCAUUCCCUCUAUUAGAAGUUUAUGAUCCAAAUAAUCAACGUAAACCUUACCUU